AUGCAUUGCCAAAAUGAUUGCCAACUGAGACAGCUCCGCCUGCCACCUCCCACCAUCUUGGUGAGGAGUUUUCCCGUGAAAAAAUGUGUGGAUCCCUGUGGCGCUAUCUGUAACUUCCAGUGCUUGCCUCCAUGCGUGAAUCCCUGCUGCUAUGCUACGAUUCCUCAGGGCACCACCACUUACGUGAACCUGGCUAAUCUUGGUGUGACACAGACUGCCAGGUGUGUGGAUCCAUGCUGCCUCGGCGCUGCCGUGUGUGUGCCUCCAUGCCGUGAGGACGUGACCAAGUGCACCACCACGUGUGCAGACCCAUGCUGCUGCAAAGUGACCGAGCGCACCACCACAUGCGUGGAUCCCUGCUGCGAGGAAGUGACCAAGUGCACCACUAAGUGUGUGGAUCCCUGCUGCGAGGAAGUGACCAAGUGCACCACCACGUGCGUGGAUCCGUGCUGCAAGGAAGUGACCAAGUGCACCACCACCUGUGUGGAUCCGUGCUGCGAGGAAGUGACCAAGUGCACCACCACGUGUGUAGAUCCGUGCUGUGAGGAAGUGACCAAGUGCACCACCACGUGUGUGGAUCCCUGCUGCAAGGAAGUGACCAAGCGCACCACCAGAUGUGUAGAUCCAUGCUGUGGACUUGUCACCAGAUGCACCACUAAGUGUGUGGAUCCCUGCUGUGGCAGAGUGACCAAGUGUACCACCAGGUGUGUAGAUCCGUGUUGUGAAGUGACCAAGUGCACCACAAGAGUGACCAAGUGCACCACCAGACGUGUAGAUCCAUGCUGUAGAGAGGUGACCAAAUGCACCACCAGGUGUGUGGAUCCCUGCUGUGCAACUGUGACCAGAUGCACCUCCAAGUGUGUGGACCCCUGCUGUGGGGAAGUGACCAAGUGCACCACCAGAUGCACUACUAAGUGUGUGGACCCCUGCUGUGCGCAAGUGACCAAGUGCACCACCAGAUGCGUGGACCCCUGCUGUGGUGGACUGACCAAGUGCACCACCACGUGCGUGGAUCCCUGCUGCGAGGAAGUGACCAAGUGCACCACCACGUGCGUGGAUCCCUGCUGCGAGGAAGUGACCAAGUGCAUCACCACGUGCGUGGAUCCCUGCUGUCAGGAAGUGACCAAGUGCACCACCACGUGUGUGGAUCCCUGCUGUGGAGGUGUGAGUGAAUGCACCACCACGUGCGUGGAUCCCUGCUGCGAGGAAGUGACCAAGUGCACCACCACGUGCGUGGAUCCCUGCUGUGGGGGCGUCCAGGCUGUUACAAAGUGUGUGGAUUCCUGUCCCACCGCCUGCGUUACACAAGCCACCCCGCCGUGCGUGGGUGUAUGCGCCUCUGCCUGUGGCCAGCGCUACUCCAUCUCAUGUGCAGAUGUCUGCUGUCGUAAAUGCAAGGCUCCUUGA